GAAAUCAGUGUGAUCCACAAAUUCGUUCGUGACAAAUACGAGAAGCGGUUUCCUGAGCUGGAGACAUUGGUGCCGAAUCCUCUAGAAUACUUAGCUGCUGUGAAGCUUCUUGGAAACGAAAUCAACACUAAGGGACAGAACAAGGAGUUGCUGAGUCAAAUUCUUGCACCUGCCACUUGCAUUGUCGUGUCGGUGACAGCUUCAACAACCCAAGGGAAAUCGUUAGAACCAGAAGAACUGAACGCUGUUCGAGAAGCAUGCGAUCUUGCCGAGAAGCUGCAUACGGUAUUGAAACGUGUUGUUCUAUAUAUGUUUUCAAGAAGUGCGUUCCAGGACAGGAUCUCGAUGUACCGACUGAUCGAGGUGCGAAUGUCUCUAAUCGCUCCAAACCUCGUUCAUCUGCUGGGAGCAGCUACUACUGCACUACUGGUGUCACAGGCUGGUGGAUUAGCUCCUCUGUCGAGAAUGCCAGCUUGCAACAUUCAAGUUCUUGGUCGCCAGAAACGUUCGUUGGCUGGAUUCUCGUCUACUGCAACCCUACCACAUGCAGGAUUCGUUUACUUCCAUCCGCUUGUCCAGUCUAUGCCUCCUGACCUGAAGGCGAAAGCCGCCAAAAUUCUUGCAGCUAAGUGCACUCUUGCUGCUCGAGUCGAUUCCCUUCACGAAGCUCCUGGUGGCAGCAUCGGGAUGCAUCUGCUGAACCAAGUGCGUACCAAAAUGGAAAAACUGCUAGAGCCUCCACCUGUCAAGGCCAGUAAAGCUUUACCGAAACCUUUAGACAAGGCCAGCAAAAAGCGAGGAGGACGUCGCGUGCGCAAGAUGAAGGAGAGAAUGGGUAUGACAGAUUUGCGCAAGAGCGCGAAUCGCAUGAAUUUCGGAGAGCUGGCCGAGGAUGUAUUACAGGACCACAUAGGUUUUGAUCUGGGUCAAGUUAGUUUUACACUUUUUGCACUGUUAAAACUGGAAAUAUCGCUGGUGGACGAAUUCGUGCUGGAGUUGUGGACAACA